AUGUCGGGAUCUACCUCAAAACAACCAAAACUUGAUGAAGUUGAAAUGCAAAAAGCAUUUGAAGUCAUUGGCGAAGUUCAAAACGAAAUCGACCGUCUUAACGAACAAGCCAGCGAAGAAAUUCUUCAAGUUGAACAAAAAUACAAUAAACUUCGGCAACCUAAUUACAAAAAACGUUCAGACUUGAUCAGCAAAAUCCCAUCAUUUUGGAUUAGUGUGUUUCUUAAUCAUCCUCAACUAUCGGGCUGCCUAGACCAAAACGAUGAAAAUGUUUUACAAUAUCUUAAACGUGUCGAUGUUGAAGAGCAUGAAGAUAUCAAAUCAGGCUAUCGUAUUAAAUUCACUUUCGAUACAAAUCCAUACUUUGAAAACGAUUCAAUCGUUAAAGAAUAUAGUAUCACUGAAUCAAGCGAAACACAAUGCAAAGCAACGCCUAUUCGAUGGAAAAAUGGAGCAAAAAACGGUCAAUCAGCGACCAAUCGAAAAACUGACGGUGACAAUUCGCGUAAACGUUCCCAUGAUCAUGAAAAUGACAAUGAACAUGGUGCAUUUAUGAGUUGGUUUGUGGAUACUACUGGUGAAUCAGGCAAUGAUGAAUUUGGAGAAGUUAUUAAAGAUGAUAUCUUUGUUAAUCCUCUUCAAUACUAUUUGGCUGCAACAACUAACGAUGAAGACGAAGGUAGCGGUGGCGAGAAUGACGACGACGAAGAUCCUGAAGGCAACGAAGAAGAACAAGAAUAA